AUGGCUCAGACCACAGAGCAAUCGAGACAGAUUUUGACGCCACGGUGGAGGACCGUCCCACACCAGAGCUCGAACAACGAGCCAGGAUGGCAGCCAAAGAGUACCACGACGCCAUCCGCAGACAGAAGAGUUCGCAUUGGAACGACUUCCUGGGCCGAUGACGCUAACAUCUGGCAAGCAACGAAGUAUCUGCAAACCGGCAGCGGCACGAUGGGCGAUAAGAUACCCCCGCUCGUCCGACCCGAUGGCUCCAUCACGGAGGGUAAAGCAGAACAAGCGCAGGAGUUACUCACCGCCUUCUUCCCACCUUUGCCAGCGAGAAUCGAAGACGAGGGCCAACGACCUCAACGGGCGCCGCUCUGGCCAGUGGUCAAAGACAGGGUGCUCCAUUUAUUCCGGACGUCGCUUCGAGACGGCGACAUCCCCAGCCAGUGGAGGAAUGCCAAGAUCAUCCCAUUGAAGAAGCCAGGGAAGAGCGAAUACACUCUAGCCAAGUCCUGGAGACCCAUCUCGCUGCUCUCCACGCUGGGUAAGAUACUGGAGGCAGUCAUUGCGGAGCGUUUAUCCCAUGCUGUGGAGACCUGCGGCCUUCUACCCGCCAACCACUUCGGAGCCAGGAAGAGACGCUCGACCGAACAGGCUCUCCUUCUGCUUCAGGAACACAUCUACAAAGCAUGGAGAGCUAGGAAGGUGCUCAGUUUGAUCAGCUUCGAUGUCAAGGGCGCAUACAAUGGGGUCUUCAAAGACAGGCUUCUCCAGAGGCUCAAGGCAAGAGGGAUACCUGAACCCCUGGUCAAGUGGAUCGACGCCUUCUGCUCCAAGCGCACAGCGACCAUUGCCGUAAACGGGUUCACAUCUGGACGGCAAGAGCUGCCCCAAGCGGGUCUUCCGCAAGGAUCGCCGCUGUCUCCAGUGUUGUUCCUCUUCUUCAACGCCGACCUAGUGCAGCACAAGAUCGACGCGAACGGAGGCGCAAUUGCCUUCGUGGACGACUACACUGCCUGGGUAACGGGCCCGUCAGCGGAGUCGAACCGCACUGGAAUCCAAGCUAUCAUCGACAAAGCCCUUAACUGGGAGAAACGGAGCGGUGCGCAGUUUGAAGGCGAAAAGACAGCCAUCAUACACUUCACGAGGAACAUGGAGCGAUUUUCAGAACAACCGUUCUCGGUCAAAGGCGAAGUGGUCAAACCGAAGGAAAGUGCGAAAAUCCUAGGUGUCGUGAUGGAUCGCGAAGUCCGCUACAAGCAGCACAUUGCUAGGACGGCAGCUAAGGGCCUCGCAGCCGCUCUGGCCCUGAAGAGGCUGAAGAUGCUUUCCCCGCGGACAGCGAGGCAGCUAUUUGUUGCGACAGUAGCCCCGGUCAUGGACUACGCUGCCAAUGUCUGGAUGCAUGCGUGCGGGGAAAAGGCACUGAGCUGGCUGAACAGGGCGCAGAAGAUCGGGGCCCUGGCCAUCACGGGAGCCUUUCGAACCGCGGCAACAGCCGUGGUGGAAGCUGAAGCGAGCAUCUACCCCGUACGAGAACGACACGCCCAGGCAGCAGCCAGUCUGUGGAUCAACAUCCACACGCUGCCCGGAACGCAUCCCCUUGCGAUGAAGAAAGUCCGGACCACCGUACGAUUCGUAUCUCCGCUGCAGAAAAUUGCCCGCGUGGCCGAAGGAGUACGAGUUGACCGGAUGGAGACAAUCCAGGAAUACGCCGUCCCGCCCUGGGUACCUCGCCUACGACCGACGCUCGAAGCCGAUCGAGGGAAGGCGGCCGAGAUGGUCAACAAAAUUUCGGGAAUCGUGGCCGCAACCAGCUCAUCCGUAAAGAAGGGACUUGGACCAGGCUGCACCGACAAAGAGGGAACUCGGUCAACUUUCUGUGGAUACCAGCGGAGAUUGACUUCGCGCUGGGGUCAGAUGCCAAGGCAGCAGCCCAGAGAGCGUCGAAGCAAGGACGCACACCCGACUCCCAAAUACCCCAGGCCAAGUCUACCGCGAUGA